CCUGCAGCACAGCCUCCGUCGGCACCUGACCUACGAGUUCUUCGCCAACAACGUCGGCGUCAGCUCCACGUCAUCAAACAUUUACCUCGUCGGCCAAGUGACCUUUGCCAGCGAAAACACUGCCUACACGUGCGCGGUCUCUCACAACAACAGUCCAUCAGAAAGUCGACAGAUUUUCACCUCACAGUGAAGCCGAACAAACCGUCUGUCAUCGACUCUGGCAACCGAGAGGACGGUGCCAGCCUCUCUCUGACUUGUGUCUCCACUAGCGACUCUUCAACUGUCCUCACCUACUACUGGUACAAGGACAAGAAUCUCACGAACCAUUUCCUAGACCGACAGAUCCUCAACUUUACCUCCCUGACAUUUUCAGACUCUGGCGAUUACCGUUGCGAGGCUGCUCACGGCUCCGUAGUAUCGGAUAAGAGCGACCAAGUGGCUGUUAUAGUUAAGCCACAGACGCCGAAGGUUACCGUGAACACCAGCUCUUCGACAGUGGAGGAAGGCAGCCCUGUUGCCUUAGUGUGCCAGACGAAGUCAAUCACCAGCUCGAGGACCGUCACCUACACGUGGUUCGACGAAAACAGCAUCAUCAUCAGCGGUCCUCUGGCCUCGGACACUCUGGUCAAGAGCACGACGAACUUCGCCAGCGCCGGCCUCUACCUGUGCAGCGUCAGCGUUGACGACAUACCAUCCGACCUCAGUGCUGAGUUUCAGCUUACAGUGCAACCUCAAGCUCCCCACGUCUCCCUUCUCCAAGCCCUGCCGCUGACCGACCUCGACACUGGAGUGACACUGGAGUGUAGUUCGCCGUCUAUCGGUCAGACUACGGCAGGUCAGACGCUGCAGUACUCUUGGUAUGUACCCAGCGGGAUGUCCACCUCCAGCCAGUCGGGGCGAACUUUCACCCUCAACGUCACCCUGGCUGCAGAGGGCAGCUACACGUGUCAGGUCACCAGGAACGGGGUCGCGUCCAGCAUCGGCGCCGCCCUCAACGUGACAGUGAGGCCACGCCGACCUUCAGUGGCUCCUGUUGGUGAAGCAUUAGUAGACGGAGCCCAGGUCAACCUGACCUGCAACACAGCCUCCACCCCGAGUACGGGCCAACCGUUCACCUACCAGUGGCUGAAGGACGGUACCUCGUAUGGAAGAACAGUGCGCGACCUCGAACUGUCUCCUCUUAACUUCAGCAAGGAGGGUUACUAUACGUGUAUUAUCUAUCACAAGGGGACACCCUCCCAGAGCAGCUUUGUUUAUCCUCUCAAAGUCCAACCCCGUCGACCAGUGGUAAGUGGACAACCUAGUGUGCAGGAGAGCAUGACCGUGACCUUAACCUGCACCUCGCCAUCUACCGGCUUGCUUGAUCCAGUCACAUACAGGUGGAGCCUCAACGACCAGGUGUUACGGGUGCUGAUCAGACAUACACCAUUGCUAGCGCCACCUUCGCCAUGUCUGGAGACUACUCGUGCAGCGUCGCUAGCAACGGCACCUUCUCUGACCCCAGCGACACCUACACACUCCAAGUGAUUCCUCAGACGCCGAUGAUAAUAAGCAGUUCAGCAGAUGGUCAGCCAAUUCUGGACCAGAGUUCAGUCAGCCUCAUGUGCGGUACAGCCUCUCAGCUAACGGGCCUUGAGCUUUACACGUGGUAUUUCAAAGGGAUGCUACUACAGAGAGAAACUUCCGUGUAUUAUAACAUUUCCACGGUGAGCUUCGUUCACAUGCAGGCGACUACAACUGUUCAGUCAAGUACGACGGCGCUGUCUCUCACGUCAGCACCAGCUACGUCAUAUCCGUGAAGCCACAGACGCCGACAUUGCAAGUGGAGGGUACCCCAGUGGACGGGUCUGCCCUGACGCUGACUUGCACCACCCCGUCCACGCUGCCCUCCGCAGAUCCCAGUCGAGUGAGAUACGUGUGGAGCAGAGAUAUCACUUUGGCAAACAUCAGCAGCAGCCGCUAUACCUUCAAACCUACGCUUAACGACAACGGCGACUACACCUGUACCGUGAUGUUUGACUCUGUAUCUUCGGAACCCAGCGCAUCAAAUACCAUCAAAGUGCGACCCUCACGCCGACUAUAGCUGGGGCCACAGAAGUCCCGGAAUUGCAAAAUGUCACGCUGACCUGCUCCUCUGCUUCCCAGAUUAACAUCGCUUCCUUGACCUACACGUGGUACGGAGUGAGUGGCAGUG